AUGCGCUUCUCCCUUGCUGCUGCCCUCGCCGCUGCCGCCGCCUUGGCCAGCGCAGUGGACCAUGCUGCGUCCACGACAACGCCGGUGCCGGCGUGCACCGCCACCUCGUCGACGGGCAGCGGAGCCUUCUUCGACUUGCGGCCGGACACGGCGGCGCGCCACGACAAGGAUCAGCCGCACAAGACGGGCGCUUCCAAGGACUACCAUGCCAAGGGCUACGACUAUGGCAAAAACUUUACCCUCAAUAUAUGCGGCGCCGUCGUCGAGCCCGUGACCGACGUCGUCGGCCUCAACAAGGAUCUCUGGGCCAACGUGAGCGCAUAUUACAUGGCUCACGGAAACAUCUAUUCGAUAGGAUCCGAGUCGAUGGACUUGCGCAGCCGCGGACGAAAGCUGGUCUUGCAAUACCAUGGCGGUUCUCCCUGCGGCGGCAAGUCGACCAAGGAGAGCCGCAGCGCAAUCCACGCACGAGCCUCGACGCCGGCCCCCCACCGUGUCGAGAAGCUGGCCAAGGACGACAAGGACAAGACGGCGCUGAGACGAAAGUCGGCCACCAUCUCCUUCCUCUGCGACCGAGAUCCCGGCAACACCCAGGCGAGCAUCUCCUUUGUCGGCACCGACCCGGACGAAUGCGCCUACUUUUUCGAGGCCCGCUCCGCCCACGCCUGCGCCCACGCGGAGCCCCACAAGCCCGGCAGCGUCGGCCCGGGAAGCGUGUUUGGCAUCAUCCUCCUCAUCGCCGUCCUCGUCUAUGUCCUGGGCGGCGUCUUCUACAACCGCGCCGUGACCAAUGCCCGUGGUUGGCGCCAGCUGCCCAACUACAGCCUCUGGGCCGGCAUCUGGGACUUCAUCAGCGACAUGUUCGUCAUCGUCUGGUCUUGGGGUGCUCGCUGCCUGCCGAGCAGGAGAGGCUACAGCCAUCUCAACUCCAACGCGAGCAGUCGAAAUCGCAACUCGGAUGCCGAGAACCGGCUGAUUGACCAGCUGGACGAGGAGUGGGACGACUAG